CGGGAGUACUGGUAGUGGAAGGGUGGUGGUGGUGGUGGCGCGGUGGGCUGGUGGCGCUGGCCGUGAAGAGGAGGGAAGGUGCUGCCGUCACCGUGAUGGCUCGAAUCAGUACGUUGAUACCCCCAGGCAGGAGUGUGUAGGCUGAGGGAGGCUUCUGCUGCUUGGCUAAAUACGCUUGUGACCUACAGUGACCCGAUGGAGGGAGUAAGGCAGAGAAAGACUGGAGGUGACCCUCUGCUCCACAAGAAGGCUGCUCCUCCUGGAGGCACCAUGAGCUCCUUCAGGCUGAUACGUUUCCUCUUUUAUGGCAUCACUGUGUGUCUUGCUUUCCUUCUCAUCUUGGUGACCCUCAACAACACCUGGCCACUCAAGAGUGCUGGGCACACCACCAACUCCCUGGACCAUGUCUCAGUGGCCCUUGGAGUGCAGGAAAGAACCCACGCUGUUGUCCUCGAUGCUGGAUCUACUGGAUCUCGGGUGUUGGCCUUCACGUUCUUCAAGAGUCGCUCAGGUGGAGGGGAUGGCAGAAAUGUGGUGGCCAAGGGACCACUUAGCUUCAUCGCAAAUAACUCUUCUUAUGAUAACUCCCUCAAGCUUGACGAUGAACUCUGGCAUGAGGUGAAGCCAGGGUUGUCUAGUUUUGCUGAUGAUCCUGUCAAGGGUGCUGAGUCCCUCCUUCCUCUGCUGAAGCUGGCUAAGGAGCGCAUCCCAGAGCAGUACUGGAGCUCCACCCCACUGGUCCUGAAGGCCACUGCUGGGCUGCGGCUACUGCCUGAUGAGAAGGCUGAGGCUCUUCUAUUGGAGGUGAAGAAGGUGCUGUCCAAUUCCGGUUUCCACACCACCGAGAACUCCGUUGGGAUCAUGGAUGGCCGAGAUGAGGGAAUUUUCUCUUGGUUCACAGUGAAUUAUUUAUUGGACCGUAUCACUGGGACACCCAAGGACACAUUAGUGGCCUUGGACUUGGGUGGAGGUUCAACUCAGAUCACCUUUGUGCCUAUGGAGGAUGACACUGUAAGAGGCACCCCAGCAGACUACCUUACAACCAUCUCCCUUCUGCACAAGAAUCUCAACCUUUAUACUCACAGUUACCUGGGUCUGGGUCUGAUGGCGGCACGCAAAGCCAUCCUGGUACAGCACCGUGGUGAAGAUGGCAUCAUACACUCACCUUGCGUCAACCCCAUUGUGGACCAUCAGUGGACCUAUGGAGGGGAGACCUACACUAUCAGAGGUCCUGAGGUGCCCAAGUACCAGGAGGUGCGAGGACAAGCAGGGCGGCUGAGUGAGAACCGUCCUGUUGCUGAUUACAAGGAGUGUGUCAAGACCUGCAUGGCCAUCAUCAAAGAACAGGUCCAUGCACCCAAGGAACUCAAGGCAAGAGAAGUCAUUGCCUUCAGUUACUUCUUCGAUCGGGCAACAGAGAGAGGAUUAAUAGAUCCCUUCAAAGGAGGAGUUUUGACAAUGCAGGAGUUGUUGAAUGCAGCUACACAGACCUGCAGCAUCCCCAAUGUGGAGCAGCCUCUUGCCUGCCUGGACCUCACCUUCAUCACCACUUUGCUAACAUCAGGUUAUGGCCUCCAGGGAACCAACACUCUCAAGCUGUACAAGAGGAUAGAUAACCAUGAAGUCAGCUGGGCCCUGGGUCUGGCCUUCCAUGUGAUAAAUAAUGGUAUAUAAGAAGAGUGUGCUGUUGCUCGGCACUGACUGUUGGAUGAAUUAGUGAGAGUGUGAUUCUCAUUAAGUGUUACUUCCUUGAUAUUGUUAUGUAUUUUAGCUGCUCACUAGUAAUCGUCUUUAGAUGUAAUCAUGCAUCACUCAACCAUAAUGAUUAGGAAGUAUUGUGAUAGCAGAAGACAGCUGUGGGAGGGUUUUAAUUAACUAAACUUAUUUUAUUUUAAUGAUAAAUGAACCUCCUAUAAUGAUUUUAGAAUUUGUGUGGGGAAGAACGCAUUCAUAGAAAAUAUUUCCAGUUUUACAGUCUUAUAUAUCAGUGAAAUUAUUACCAGAUUGGUAAUUAUAUAUAUUUUUAACAAAACAAGAAGCUCAUUAGAUUUUCUGGAAGUUGCACAUAGUUAGAAGCAUGACAAGAAGUAAUUAGUGUAAUAACUGAGUCUUGUUGAUAAUUAGAUCCACAGUGUAAAGCAUCAGCAGUGCCAUCAUCGUUAUUAAUAUGAUCAUCACAAACCUCACUAUCUGUCUCUCUUUUUUUUUUUUUUUUUUUUGCUGCUGCUUGUUUUAUGGAUAACACAGUAAGUCUAGGAUGAAAAUCAAUAAUUCAAGACUCAUACAGAUAGCCAGAAUGAAUGCUUCUCAAAUUCACAGCCUCAAUGUUCUGCAGUUCUUUGUCUUAAGUACAAGUUCAUCAUAUUACCAUUUGAAAUAGUCUCGUGUCUUGAAAGAAGGAAAAUUAUAUAUCAAGGCAUGAUAUUUGUGAUUAGUCAUGUCAUUAUGUGUCUGCAAGGCACAUUCCUUGCAUAACAUGAAUCAGCCUUGGUCUCCUAAUUACCAGGCUGCAGUUAGUGUGAUAUUUGUUUCCAAAGUCUUUUACAUUUUUUUGUCUUCAAGAUUUUAUCUGUUAUAAUGUUUGGUUUACCUAUAGUCAGCUUUCCUUCUCUAUGAAAAUAUUUAAGAUAUGUCACCCAAUCAUUUUCAUCUCUAUAUACACAUGAUGAAACCAGUGCAGUGUGCAUCUCAUCUCAUCAACAACUUGCCUAACUCCACUCUUGUGGAUCACCUCUUAAGAUGACUUCACACAUCCACCUUACUAUGUUCAGAUCAGUGUCAUCUUUAACAGAGCAUGAUACAUAAUUCUCACAUAGGAAGGAUGCAAUAUUCCUUUUACAUUUAAUGAAAAGAAUUCAAUUUUUUGGGGGGGUAUUCAUUUCAUGUAACUAGAUCACUCUCAACUGACUAAAGACUUUGCUUUUACCUUAUUUUCUGCAUUGAUCGUAUAACUGUGAUUUUUUUGGAAUGAAACUCUUGUGCCCAGUGUUGCACUAUGAAUAUAUGUAGCUGGUUGGUACAACAAAACAUCCAGCAGGUCCAGUUUCAUUAAGUGAACUAAUUUUUCUUUAGAACAUAGCAUGUAGUACAGUGUAGUACAUGUAGAGCACAGUCUAUGCCACAUCACCUUUGUGGAGACUAGUUAUCAUAUGUUUGUGCCUCCUUAGCCAGAGUUCUUUCACAGACAUUUUAGAAAGAAGUGUGGAGAACAGUAGCAUACAGUGCUUUUCUGGACAGUAGAGUAAUUUGUGAGUAACAAGAAGUUGAGUUUAGAAUAUAUGCUAAAAAUUGUUGCAUUAAGUAUUUAUAAUGUCAAUAUAGUUUUGUGCCAGAAAUAUUUAACAUAUAUACUUAUUAUUCAGAGAACUAUAUUCAGAAUGAGAAUAAUGACAAAGAAUGUGAAGGUAUAAAGAUUUUAUGGUUGAAUUGAUACAGAGAAUUUUAAAAGAUAAUCCCUUAUAUUGUUUACAUUUGUUAUUUUUAUUGUUUUGAAAAAUUGUCAAUUUUAUUGUAAUUUAAUCAAAAGAAAACUAAGUGACCAUCACUUUGUGUGGUAGCCAAACUUAUCAUAACCAUAUGAUUACCUCAUUGUUAUGAUGUAAGUAAUUGUUGAUAUUGUGAUAGUGCAGUCGGUGGGAGAAAAUAUUCCAUACAUAUUAAAAAAUCCAUCUCCAACUGAGACAGAAUGCUUUGUUUAAUGUCAGUACAUUUGCUUGAAACACAGUGGUAAUAAUAAGAUCAUUGUUAUGAGAAGCUAGUUUAAGACACUUACAUGGAAAGCAUGUAUAGGGAAGUUUAUCUACAUUUAGUGUUUAGAAUUUAUUGUUAUAAUAACAUUCAGUAAUGGACAAGCAUGUACUUUUGAUCUUUGGUAAUAAUUAACAAAAAAUUUAGUUUGAUUAAUAAAUACCAGUCAUUACAAAUGUAAGCCUCAAACUGGAGAAGGUAGAUGGCACAAGUAGGAGACAAAUAAUGUCUUGAAGGUGCUUGCAUCCACACUUUCUGAGGAGACAUUGCCUGAAAAGUUAAAAGACUGAACCAGAGGUGUAGACUAAACAGGUCAUCUGUAAUCUGAGCUGAGGUGAGUGAUGAUGUGGCUGCUUGUUCCAGUGUAGUUGAAUCUUACAUGUGUAGAUGCUUAUACAAAUUUUGAUAUAGAUUUUCAAGAUGAUUUCUUUAGUACAUAGCAAUGUACUAACACAAAUCCUCUCCAUUAUUGUUAUUGUUAUUGAUUAUUAUUAUUAUUAUUAUUAUUAUUAUUAUUAUUAUUCCACAAUUGGUGCAAGAGCCUUAGUUCUUGUGAUAUGUAAGUUGUUUUGAAACUAUAGUACUUAAAUCUUUGCAGAAUUAGUAAAAUUGCCAAUGCCACAGAAACAAGCACUUGUGUUGGGGUAUAUCAUAGUACACCUGUUGGAAGGUUUCACAUCUGCACAGCAUUUUCCAUUCCAGACAUUUAAACCAAACUAAUAGAAAUGUAUUAACAAACUAAUGGAAAAACUUAUGAAAUCUUUCCUGUUCUAUUUUUGUUAAAUGUAUGUGUAAAUUAAUUCCUAUUGACUCAAGAACUGCAAUGGUAUGCCAUAUUGAUAAGUCUCUGGGAAUAAUGUUUAGCAGUGAGUCUGAUUGUGCCUUAGUGGUGAGUGUUGGGCUGUGUCAAGGCUGGGAAAGUUGAGGGGUGGUGACAGGACAGCUCCUCACUAAUUUCCAGCAGAGGCUGAUACAGUGUUUUAUGUUCUCUGUAUUAUGUGCACUUGUUAUGUAUAUUCUUUGGAUUGUAAGAUAAAAAGCUUGGGGAUUUCAUCACUUUCACUUUUAUUUUGUAUUUUAAAUGGUCCAUGCACGUCCUUAGUCUAUUUUGAUAGAUUUGUUCCUGAUUAAAGAGUUUAAGGUGUUCAAUUUUUUGCAUCAGAGAAAAUCUAAAUAAACUGUUGAAUAUA